AUGACAGCUUCUCGACCAACAACCGCUCGACACAGCCAGCCCAAUCAAUCAAGCAAUGUACUCGCAAAGCGAACCCGAGGUCCCAUCAACAAACGAGCAUGUCAACGUUGUCGACAAGGCAAGAUAAAGUGCGAUGGGGAUGCCGAAAGUGGAAAAGCUUGCAGCAAUUGCGAUCCCCAACACUGCAAAUAUGACAACUCGCCUCGCAAGAAUAAACAGGUUGAGCUGUUAAAACACCGUCUCACCGAGGUCGAGGUACACUUGGAAGCAAUCACACGUGACAUUGGUGAAAAAUUGACAAUAAAGGAUUUGGAGAAAGAAAUUCUCUGUAUGUUGUAUGAAUCCAAAGAACAUUUCAGUUCUCCACAACUAUUCCAAGAGUUAAAGGAUGCAAUAAAACAAAGCAGAUGUAUUAAGCCUGUUUUGGUCAUCACCUAUGAGCUAUUAACAAGGCUCCCUGAUCCAAAGAAUGUUGAUUACAUUCCGAGCAUCAUGCAAAGUUUACAACGAUUUGUCGAUUGUGCAAAUACGUAUGAGAAGGAUGCAUCCAUUUCAACGACAUCAUCUUCCAACGAACUCAUGAACAGAAUAGAAGAAAACGUUCAGCCAUGUGUUCAAACUUUUGAUAGCCACUUGCCGGUGGUCUCACCAAUGAUGUUUCCAAUCUCAUCAACUCUUAACAAUUCAGAUGAUCAGGUUGAAAUUGUAGUUUUGCAUCCAUCUUCUGAUGAAUCUGAAUGUUUUCAUGGAACAAAUAAUGUAUCGCAUCAUGUGAAUCAAUCGUCGAUUUUGACGACGUCGGCUCCCGAAUACCCUGGGUUUCCAUUCACCGCCUACUCAUACUAUCCUUAUUUUGAUUAUUUAGAUGAAACGAACGCAACAUCACCUGAGUUCAACUGA